CGUUUUAUCGCCACCAACUUCAUUUCUCACAUCAAUUCUAUUCUUCUUUCAUUUUCUCUUACUCUAGUUGGCACGAUGACGAACAUUGACAAGGCUUGUGAGGAAUGUCGUAUUCGAAAAAUCCGCUGCGAGGGCGGAAACCCUUGUUGUCGGUGUUCGAAGCGUAACAUGCAAUGUGUAUAUCGCUUCAAAAUCCGAAAUCGCUUGAAGAAGCCUCGCGUUAGACCCGCAUCAUUGUCAAAAGAAAACAACCAUGAGACAUCUUUAAGGAGACAAGUCAACCUCAGCCAUGAGUCUGAGACCGAGAGCAACCAGGGAUUUCACGUCCAUAGCAUAGCAGCGCUCCCGAUGCCCUCAUACAACUUUCAAUUGCACUAUGGACCAUCCUCCAAUUUCUCAAUCAUGCAUCUGGUGUCUAGCCAAAUAUCCGGCGUUCCGCAACCGCUUGGGCGAAGUGAAGAAGUGGCGCAAGUUGGCCCUGGAUUGGAUCUAUUCGAGUACCAAUUUUUAUUUUUUGGCGAUUUGGCGGACUCCAAUAAAGUUGCACCGAUUACAGGGGUUCACUUCACCACUCUCCCAUCGCAAGAACUGUCCAAUCGGCUUCUUGAGCGGUAUCUUUCAACAUACUGGCAUCUGUUGCCAAUUGUUACUAAAGACAUUUUCCGGCAGCGUCUCGCACAGAUAUACGCUACGCCCGGAGUAUGCGCAUUUGACUCAUUAGAUGGCAUGGUAGUACUUGCUGCCAUGGCUGUUGGUGCAUCCAUGAUGGGAGAAGAGAAAGUCGCACAGAUGUUAUUCCAAGGGGUUAAGACCAGCGCGAAACGCGCCAACGAAUAUGUGAAUAUCCAAUCCAUUCAUUUGGAGCUCAUGCUUGCACAGUUCCGAAUGGAAAGAUCAAAACCUCAUUCUGGGUUUAUGCAUGUUGGAAAUGCGGCUAGGAAAGCCAUUGCGGCUGGUCUUCACAGAGGAGUUAAUAUCCGGGGCAAACUCGAAGAUGCUUCACAGCGCCGACUUGCGUUCUGGUGUACGUAUGUUUGGGAAGUAUGGGUUUGCUUCAUUCUUGGGCGCCAGACCUCUAUUUCCGAGCUCGGCUUGCACAUACCUGUUCCCACAGACGACAAGAUAAUGGCGGCCUUGGUGAAACUUAUGAAGAUUGUAUCGCAUUGCGCUGAUCGCAUCUACAAUCGGACUUACGAAUCUCUAGUGCAUAUGUGGGACGUGGUAAAUGAGAUUCGUGGCGAGCUCCGUGAGUUUGCCAAUGAGCAGCGAAAGGAAAUUGGGCUUGAGCCUGACCGAGUGUCUUGUACUGGAGAAUUGGGGUUCUGCUUGACUACAAUAUCUGCAAUGUAUCAUCAUACUCAUCUGCUGCUGUUUCGACCUUUUCUUAUACUAAAAGCAAAGCUGGAUCUCAUACCACCCACAAUAAGAACUCCAACGUUAAAUAAGCUUGAUAGACUCGCUUGGUUGAAUGGGGCAUGUGAGAAUUGCUUAGACACGGCUCAGAAAUGUAUACGGUUGGUUACCAAGUCUUGCGAGUUGGACGAGAUCUGUAGAAGAACAGUAUACAUGGCAUUUUUUCUCGAAGGAGCGUGCUUUGUCCUCGGCUUUGAUAUGCUCAGCAAUAAUUCGCGGCGCACAAUCCAUCUUCCGUAUAUGCAAAACGCCGUUGAUUGCCUUUCAACUAUGAUUCCUAAACAAGACAAAGCCCUCCCGCAAGUUCCGAUUCUUGUGAAAGGGAUACAACACAUAAUCGACUCAUCCAUGACUUCAGACGUCCAAAGCAUCGAAGGAGGCUCACAAGUUGAAUCCUUGUGCAACAGCAGCCCAUCCAUGGUAACUUCUGCUAAUACAGAAGCCAACCUGGAAGAUUCUGGACCUCCACCCUUUCUUUCUCAACAGCAUACGAAUAGCAUGGCCGACUUAACAACAUACGAUGUCUUAAAUAGCCGCGUAUCCUCUACCCUUACCGAUAUUGAAUACGGCUGGCAAAAUAUGAGUGUCGAAAUGCUGUGGCCGGAAUUUCCGCACCAACUUCUUCUCAACAUGCAGCACACCGGAAGAGCUACACCAAAUCAUGACCAUAGCUUUGGCAAACCGAUAUAGCAUCAACAAUUUUUAAUUGGCAACAAACUCAAUACCCGAAUUAACCCGCUGGACAUAGUUAAAGCGCUGCUUAAGAUUUUGUAAUUUACCAUUUGACUUUGCCAACGUGAGUUCAUAGCCGCUUAGUUCUUGCUUUUCCUUGAUAAGAACGUUUGUGGAAAUCCAUAUUACAAUAUGAUUCAAUGGGAGGAAUUUGCCACCUGUGUUGCAACCCUCUUGUGGCCGUAAAGACACCCCCCAUGUCGAAUUUGGC